UCGGAUGCAUGUAAAAGAGUCGGGGAGGCUUCGACAUGUCGACCACGGGUCCCAUAAGUAAUUAUUAUGUGGAUUCCUUGAUCAACCAUGAAAACGAGGAUGUCCUUGCUGCAACUCGGUUUUCGGCGCCCGGUUCUCACCCAGCCGGCCCUCGUCCGACGUCCCUAGUACCGGAGUGUGCUGACUAUCCUUCCUGCAGCUUCGCACCCAAGCCACCCGUCUUCUCCACCUCCUGGGCCCCUGUACACUCCCAGUCAUCCGUGGUUUACCAUCCAUACAGUCACCAACCUCACUUAGGCACAGACUCGAGGUAUAUGCGUUCAUGGCUGGAGCCGAUAUCAGGCGCCGUGCCUUUCCAUGGCUAUCCGGGGAACAGCAGGCACUAUGGGCUGAAGCCCGACGCUUUUCAGGAGCACAGAGCCGGCGAGUGUCUCGGCUCCAGCGGACGGACCUACACGGAUUAUCUGUACUGCUCAUCCACUGAGAUGCGAGACAAGACGCAGCAGAAUACCCCCUCUCCCGAGUCGGAGCUUCUGGCUUCAGGGAAAUAUAAAGACGAGAAGUCGGAGCUAGAUCCGAAUAACCCAGUGGCAAAUUGGAUACAUGCCCGCUCCACAAGGAAGAAGCGAUGCCCUUACACAAAGUACCAGACUCUCGAACUGGAAAAGGAGUUUUUGUUCAAUAUGUACCUAACUAGAGACCGCCGAUACGAGGUCGCUAGGGGCCUGAAUCUGACCGAGAGGCAGGUCAAAAUCUGGUUUCAGAACCGGCGGAUGAAGAUGAAGAAAAUGAACAAAGAAAAGACCGACAGCAAGGAACAAUAAUAUGGACUGCAGUCAGAAAACAACCUUAAUAACCACUAGACACACGGACAGCACAGAUGAAACAUAGGAUGACUCUCCUUCUCCUCAUAUUUAUCACUUUGUUGGAUUUUUGUAUUAACCUUAAAACUCCGAGACUGUUUGAUGCUGAUUGUGUUAUUUUUCCAGUGCACAUUAAUGUGUCCAGCAACAAAGAAAACAAAAGAAAAAGAAAAGAAAGAAAGUUUAAAAAAAAAAAAAAAGGCAACUUCAUCAACUACAUUCUACUUUCACUUCGAUGUGUUUUUGUAAGAGAAAUGAUACAAAUACAGUUUGGAUACGUUAAAACUGUCCGAAGAAAGAGAAUACUUGAAUUCAUUUGAAUUUCACAAACCCCAUAAUUUAUGAUGUGAAUGUUUCUUUCAUGUUUAUUUCCUUUGUACAUUGUUGUGCAGGUGUAGUAUUUUGUACUGAAACAAAACAUCUGCGAUCUGUCUGUCUUGUAUUUUUUGUGAUAGUUGUUGCUGUAUUUGUGCAUAUCUUUUCUUUUUGACUGUAGCCUACGAGUUUAAUUAUAGAGUGUAGAUAUAGACCUCUGCAAAUAUAAACAUAAUCACUGAA